CAGAGAGCGCAGGUGAAGCCGACUCAGGGAAGGAGGCGAAGUUUUCAGCCGGGCGCCCUUGCAGUUCCGCAGCGGCUCUGGCUGCUGUUGGUGGCCGAGGGCUGCGGGGUCCAGGAGCCCCGGGGGGCGGAUGGGAGCCUCGGGGGGCGGCUGCUGCAGCCAUGGCCCGGGAGCUGAGCCAAGGCGAGCUGCUGGACUUCCUGCUCGGCCAGGCCGGGGGCCGGGUGGCCAACGCCGCCUUGCUGGCCCACUUCAGGCGCUUCCUGCGGGACCCGGAGGCCUCCCCUGAGGAGCUGCGCAGCCGGAGGGAGCGCUUCAAGGGCUUCGUCAACUCGGUGGCCACCGUCCGGCAAGAAGGGCCCCAAGGCGCCAAGUACGUGGUGCUGAGGAAGAGGUACCGGGAGCUGGUCGGGGAGGAAGAGGAGGAGAAGGAGAAGGAGGCAGCAGCCAAGCCCCUGCCUCCAGAGGCUCUGCAGAGCCCUUGCCGCAGGGCAGCUCCCCGACCCGCCCGGAAGGAGGAAAAGCACACCUGCAAGGCCUCCUCACCUGGGCAGGUCAAGGUGCCCCCUUCGGCUGCCAGCCCUGCCCUUGGCGCCCUCCGAGGCCCUGGCUCCCUGCUCGGAGGGGAGCCUCCAGGAAAGCCCCCUCCCGCUGGCUGUAGGGCUCCUCUGGGCCUCUGGGGAGGCGGCCUCGACUUACCUGUCCGGGAAAUGGGCGCCCCACUGGCCAGCCAGGCCCAGGCCCAGGAGAGGAUUCGCCAGUGGGUGGCCACCCAUCACCCCCCUCCCUUCCCUCCAGAUGCCCCCCAACUGGACCCCCACCCCUCCUGCCUGACUCCAGACCCCUCUCUAGAUGCGCCCCCCCUGCGGGAGCCCCUGCCCAUCUUCCGCAGCAUCCGGUGCCAACUCUCUUUGCAGGACCUGGAGGACUUCAUUGAACAGGAGAGCUCGGCCAGUGAAGAUGGCAGCAGCGCCAGCGGAGGGAGUGACUCUCGCCACUUGGAAGGGAGCCCUGGGCGCCACCUUCCUCGGGGGCCCAGGUGGCAGAAUGGCCAUCUCAAGAAAAGGGACCCCAAAGGGGUGCAGCCCAAACCCCAGGGCAAUGGGUUGAUGGCAAGCAAGAAAAGCACAGCCCAGCAGAAUGGCACAAUCCCAGAGCACCUGGCCUUGCUGAGCCAGGUGGCUGGCCGAGCCAAUAAGCCCUGGGGCAAAGAAGGUGAGUGGCACAGCAAGGAUCAGACCAAACCUAGAUUGGCAGCCAGGCUUCCUCCUCCAAAGCUGGAUGCCCCCUUAAGUCCACAACCACUUUCCAGGCAAGGCAAUGCCAGAGCCGAUUUGGAAGGACCAGUUCCAGACACAGACGGGUCAACAGAGCACAGGGCCUCCUUGGUACCGCUGGAGCCCCGAGAGCACGCCUGGCUGGUGAAGGUGGCCACGGGGUCCUGGAUGCAAGCCCGGGCCCUUCUCCUUGAAGACCCGCACCUUGCCACCCGCAAGGACUUCAUCUCAGGCUUUACGGUGCUCCACUGGUUGGCCAAACACGGGAACGCUCAGGUGUUGCAAGACGUGGUCACUGGUGCCAGGAAAGCCGGUGUGCCUCUGGACGUGGACGUCAAGUCUGGCUGUGGCUACACCCCACUGCACUUGGCCGCCAUGCAUGGGCACCAAGUGGUCAUCAAAGUCCUGGUGCAGAAGCUGCAGUGCCACGUCCAGGUGAGGGACAGCAGUGGCAAGAGGCCCUGGCAGUACCUGAGCAGCAGCACUUCAGGAGAAGUGUGGCAGCUCUUGGGGGCCCCUCGGGGCCAAACCAUCUUUGCAGCCCAUCCUAUAACAAGGAAUACCAACUGUUCACCUGCCAGAAAGGGCAAGAGCCCCGAGCUGGGCAGAAAGAUUAGCAGGAAAGCUUCCUUGGCAGCCUACUUGAAACCUCAACACAUCAAGUGGAAAAUGGGAAGCAAGUGCCCUCCAUUACAUGAAAGGGAAGAAUACAGUGACUAACUGAGCUUCUUGACAGAAUCAAAGGUGGAAGACUUUUGAUGGCCCAGGUUGCCUCCAGCUGAGUGGCAAACCUGGAAGAAAAAGCACUUUAUUUCCCCUGUGAACUUCAUUCCCCUUCCCUUUAUUUAUUAUUUCCUUUGGGGCUGGAGGUUGAGGAAGACAUUUUUCCAUUUUAGAUGCUUCUAUGGUAAGGAGUGCCCAUCUCAUGGAGACCCAUCAAGGCAUCUCCUGUUAACAAUUUUGGUGAUUUUGGAAGGGGAGGGUAGAUGUCCUGUAACAGCAAAGCUGAGCAAGCAAUCCUCCUCCACUUCCAGGAUGAGUUUGGAAAACAUUCCUUCAUUUGCCUAGUAUGAAAGAAGGCAAAAUUGGCCUCUUUGGAAAGCUGGUAUUUGGAGGGGAGGCAAGGGCUUGAAUAUCCCAAAUCCAUUUUUAACCCUCCCUUGGAAUGGGUGCGUAUAUGCAGGAGUUUUUCUAUUUUAGGUGCUUGGGAAAGGAAAAUGGCAAGUCAUCAUCACUGAAAUCAUGAUAGUUGCAUUUGAAAUGCCAUUUAAGGGGUGAAGAUGGCCCAGCUUUCAAACAUGGGAUGUCAUUUGCACUGUAAUUUGCCAGGUACAAUUAUUUAUUUGCCUUUAGAAACACCUGUCAGGGAGGGAGAAAGAGCAAGCUUUUGACAGACAGACAGACAGACUGGGGGAUUUUAAUUAACGGAGGAAUUACCUCAUUGCAGAGGAGUUUCAAAGGAACCUAGAAAAGCAAACCUUUUUUUGCUAUGGGGUGGGUUGGAAGAUGUUAUCUCAGAUCAAAGGAGUGAAUGAAACUUGGCACUCUUUCCCCCACAACACAAGGCAAAAGUUCUCAGCAAAUACUUGUGUUUUUACUGGUUUUUUUUUAAGAAGCCUGCUAAUAAAUCUUAUUGCUGCUAAUAUA